GGAAAACUGUGGUAACUGUGGUGUACAGCUGCAGAGAUGCGAGGCACAGAAAAACAACGAGAAAAGAUAGAAAUGGAGGGACUCCUCAAGAUUGGAAACCAAGCACAGAUCUGAUAAAAAUCCACCUUAAAAACGCGUCGACAUGCGAAGAGUCGCCGUCUGCGAGGCGCUCCGAUAACCAGCCGACAGCUCGAACGCGGGGACGGGAGGGAUCGGCCAUGGGGAACGAGGCGAGCCUGGAGGGGGGCGAGCUCGGGCCGCCGUCCGGGCUCCCGGAGGGGCUGGCACCUGACGGGAAGGGCGGCUUCGUGCGGGUCUCCGACGGGACCCCGGUGAACCUGAGCGAGCUGAGCGAGGAGGAGAGGAGGCGGCUGUCCGCGGCGGUGUCAAGGGCGCAGGGCAGGCAGCCCGGAGCUCCAGCACGAAGACCGUCAGAAUCUGAUGCUCAGCAACAUUACCAGCAGGCAGGGGCCUCCAGGGGCCCGGCAGGUUUGAGUAAAAGCAGAACUGUUGACGCCUUCAACCAGGGUCCGCCUGGCAAACCCACGCCGGGUCGCAGCCCCUCGUCUCUCAGCCUCUUUGAAUCCAGAUUCCGGCAGGAGCCCAAAGGGCCGGAGACCAAGUCCUCGGGCAUGUUUGGCUCCGGCUUCCUCAGCGGGGCCAAUCCCCUGAGCGCGAUGACUUCCUCCAUAUCAUCCAUGGGCGACGCCGUCAACAUCCCGAAGUUUGGGCUGUUUGGGGAUGAGGAGGAGGGAGACUCAUCAGCAAAACCUGAACCCAAACAGGGAGGGAAACCUCCAGGGAAAGGCCCUCAGCAGGGACCUGGUCAGAAAGGACCACAGAAACAAAGUCAGGGCCCUCCUGGGCAGGGACCAAAACCAGGACAAGGACCCCCUAGUCAGGGAUCUAGACAAGGUCAGGGCCCACCUGGUCAAGGGCCCAAAUCAGGUCAAGGACCUCCUGGUCAGGGACCCAGGCAAAGCCAGGGGUCUAAAUCAGGUCAAGCACCUCCAGGACAAGGACCUCCUGSUCCCAAGCAAGGGCAGGGGCCCAGAUCAGAUCAAGGUCCUCCCAGUCAAGGACCUCCUGGGCAGGCCCCUAGGCAAAGUCAGGGACCAGCCGGGCAACAAGCACCCAAACCAGGUCAGGGUGGACCUGCACAACCUGCAUCCAAAGGACAACAAGGCCCAGGGUCUCAUUCUGGGCAGYCUGGAAAGGUUGCUGGUCCUCCUGGUCAACAAGGMGYGGGUAAACCAGCAGGUGGACUCUGCCCAUUGUGUAAGACCACCCAGCUGAACACUGGAUCUAAGGACCCACCAAAUUACAACAACUGUACUGAGUGUAAGAACCAAGUCUGCAGCCUGUGUGGGUUCAGCCCCCCGGACUCAGCGGGUAAAGAGUGGCUGUGUUUGAACUGUCAGAUGCAGCGUGCAAUGGGAGGGAUGGAUCCCCCUGGCCUGUCAAAGCCCACGCAAGGCUCAGCUCCCCCCUCGCCUCAGAGACAGGCGUCUGGCAAGCCCGAGAAGCUGCUGAUAAAGCAGCAGAGCACCGCCGACCAAGGGUUAACACCACCGACAACGCCAAGGCAAAAAUCCCCAGGUCCUAUGUCUCCAGGACCUCUUUCUCCAGGCUCAUCAGUGGCAGGAUCCCCCAAAAUUGAUCCCAAAACAGGUCGCCCUAUUCAGCAGAAGUCUAGUCCCCAGCAGUCGCCGGCUAAAGCCAAGCAGGAGUCUAGCUUCUUCGGGGGCUUAGGAGGUAUCAGUUUAGGAGGCUUCACAGAUGCGGCUAAGCCUUCUGCUGCUACUGCUCAAGCUGCCGAGUCUGUCACGGGGAAACUGUUCAGUGGUUUUGGUGGGCUGAUGGAGUCAUCGAAGCCCCAAACACAGGCUGCUCCAAAACAAGAGGAGUCGGUGGCUGGGAAGUUGUUCGGAGGUUUGGGUGGGUUGGCAGAGUCGGCUAAAGCUCCUGCCGCUUCGUCUCAAAUGUUCAGCUUCGGCUCCAUUCUGAGCUCGGCUACGAAUCUCGUCUCUGGGGAAGAGGUCAAGGCACCGGGGUCUCCUCCUGCGUCACCAGACUCCGGACCAGGUUCUCCUCCAGAUUCUGGCCCCGGUUCACCACCCGACUCUCCAUUCUCUGCUCCCGGCUCCCCCCCAGAUUCAGACUUUGUUCCUGACACCCCACCUGCUGCCUCCAAGAAAGCCCCCAGAUCCAGUUCUGUGGAGCAGGCAGAGAAGCCCCCAGCAGCUGAGUUGGCUCAACCUCCAGUCCCAGCGGUCAAGAAGACCUGUCCUCUCUGUAACCUGGAACUGAACGUCGGCUCAGCAGGCACACCUAACUACAGCUUGUGCACAGAGUGCAAGAAGGAAGUGUGCAACCUGUGUGGAUUCAAUCCUAAUCCUCAUUUAGGAGAGAAAGAAUGGCUUUGCCUGAAUUGCCAGACCCAGAAAGCCAUGUCAAGCCAGCUGGGAGAUGUACCACCUCCAUCUAUGGCUUCCCCAAAGAAGCAGUCACCUGCUCCUCCAUCUGUCCCCUUCUCCCCCCCUGCCCCAGCUGCUGUAGAUAGCAAACCUGUAGCAGAAGCAGUAGACCCAUCACCACCAGCUUCUGAAACCAAGAUCGAAACGAUGGAGACAUCAAAAGAGCCUGAAGUAAAAGUGGAGGUCAAGGAAGGCAGUCCCACCAGCCCCUCAGACUUGUCAAAACUAGAAAGCUCUGUUCUUCCCAUUCUUGAGGCCCAGGGAAGCACACAGGAGGAGAAAAUGCAAACAGAUACUCUAAAGACCAGGCGAAAGUUGGAGGUUUUUCCUCUCUCACCUGAUUCUCCAAGUUCGGAAGAGGACAAAGGCCUUUCCGAGAAGAAUGACAACAGUACCACAAAGAAAAGGCUCCUUGUGCCAAUGGAUGUCAAGGCAGAUUCCUUGGACGAUAGCAGUGAAAGCUUUGAAAAAGARAGCCCGAUAUCAGGGGAGGAUGAGGAUUUUAUCAGAAAACAGAUCAUUGAAAUGAGUGAGAAUGAGGACGCCUCCCCGUCUGACGAAGAAAAUCUAGUCAGACGAAAGAUCAGAGAAAAUGAGAAGAAACAAACUGAGCAAAAGAAAACAGAGACUGUAGAGAAAAGCGUAUCAGGAAAAGCCAGGCGACUCACAAAGAAAACCACUAUAAGUCCAGAUGAUGAUUACGAUAAAGAACUUACAGCCACAUUGGAUAAACCUGAAGUUGACAAAAAGGAAGAACAAGAACAAAAAGAAGAGGAAAAUCAAAGCAGUGCUGCAGUUCGCAAAUUCCAAACUAUGGAACUUAACGCAACCAGCAUCCCUAUACGUAUACCCAAUGCUGAUGGAGAGCCAGAAAUGGAAAGUCUGACUGACUCUCCAGAUGACCGAUCCAGGGGUGAGGGGUCAUCUAGUUUGCAUGCAUCUAGCUUCACUCCGGGAACAUCCCCAACGUCCCUCUCAUCACUGGACGAAGACAGUGACAGCAGUCCAAGCCAUAUUCGUACAGGUGAGGGUAAACAGCACAGAAAAGCCAAACAUAGACAAGCUGGUCAAAUGCUGCCAACCAUUGAAGACUCUUCUGAGGAAGAAGAGUUACGAGAGGAGGAAGAACUACUCAGGGAGCAAGAAAAACAGAAGAGCUCAGGAAAAAAGUCAAAGAAAGACAAAGAGGAGAUUCGAGCCCAGAGGAGGCGAGAACAUUCAAAGACACCACCAAGCAACCUUUCUCCUAUCGAAGAUGCCUCACCAACCGAAGAACAAAGGCAAGAAGCAGAAAUGGAGGAGAUCAGACGAUCAUCCUGCUCUGACUUUUCCCCGAGUAUCGAUUCAGAUCCUGAGGGGUUUGAAAUUCACGCUGCGAAGAUAGCAGCAGUUCAGAAAACAUAUCACUUGCCAACUUCGGUGUCUCUUCACUCUCCAACAGAUGAUCAUAAUGCUGAUAAACAUAAAAAACCUCUCAAAUCUGCUGAUGAGGCAUAUGAGGAAAUUUUGCUGAGGGCUAAGUCUCCAACAGCUGAAAAAGUUGAGAUUCAACCUGAAAAAGAGUCUUUUUAUGGAGGCAUGCUUAUUGAGGAUUAUGCCUACUCAACUUUUAUUGACAAUUCGUCUGACUUGGAAGAGCCAGAGAAAAUGACAGUUCCUGUUCAGCCUAAAAAGCUUAGGUCACCUGAUGAAGUUUAUGAAGACAUGAUAAAGAAGAGAAAGGAGUUCAUGCAGCUUGAGCAGGAAUAUGAGAACAUGAAGCCAAAAAGUGACAUGCCUAAUCCAGAAAUUGUGCUACAACCUGCUGAGAAUACCUUCUCCAAAGACAGCACAAUAACAUUAGGCAAUGAUGGGAAACCACUGUURGAUGCUGAAGCUGCCUAUGAAGAGCUAAUGAAAAGAGUUCUGACUCCUGGAACAAGUCCAACUCAGCCUGAGCCAGAAGUGGAAAUUGCUGCAAUGAAAAAAGCCCUCCAUCCUAUUCCAGACUUAAAGGUGACUCAGUGCUCUUCAGGAGAGUUAUCCUCUGAUGAUGAGACAACAGGUCACAAAGAAGAGAAAGAUACAGUAUCAGAUAUGAAACCAGAAAUGGAAACUGGGCCUGUAAAUGAGGUUUCUGAGUCUUCUCCAUUAUCCUCGUCAGAUCAGCAACCCCACACCACAAUCAUAGAAUCACAGGUUGAUAUUGUAGACUUAACAAGUACAUUCCCAAGAUCAGCAGCCCCUGUGAUUGCCAGUGUAUCACCUUUACCCACAGUCCCCCAGUACACACCCAGCAUAUCAAGUGUAGUGUCAACAGCCCCACCUGUCCCACCUAAGCCAAAUGUCUUGCGUAGAGCUAACUCUCAGGAAAAAUCAGAAGAACCUGUUGCACCACCACUGCCUCCCCCCACUCCACCAAAACCUACUGUUUUCCCCAGAAAAGCUCCUAUUCCUCUCCCAUCUCAGGCCCCAGUUCCACUGAAAAAGACAGAGUCAGUGUCUGUGACUACACCACAAGGAUCUCCUGUAAGACAAACGGUUACUCCAACAUAUAAACCUCAUGUUCCCCCUCCUGUUCCGCCAAAGCCAGUCAUUCCUCCGGGGAUUGGAGACAGUCACAGACAAGGACAUGGCACCAAACCACCUAUUGCACCAAAGCCUGGUUCACAGCCACCUUCACCUGCUCAUGCCCCAUAUCCAUCAAGACCCACUGUACUUCCCACAAGUCAUAGUGACACAGUCCUCAAUCUGAGUCCCUCUUCAGAAAGAAAGACUUUCCAGCCCUCACCAAAGUCUCCUUCUUCUCCAAGAUAUGCCAGCAAUCUUCGUGACACAUAUGUAGUCAUCACACUGCCAUCUCAGCCUAGCUCUCCAGUUGAAAGUAUCACAACUCAAGCUUUCUCCAGCCCUGGGCCACCACCCCGUUCACAGCAAGUUCAGCCAGAAAGUUAUUACCAACCACAGCCUCAACCACAGUCCUUUUCACAGCACCAGGAACACCCAACUCCACCUCAAACAACCAAGGUGCCUCUGGCAUACACACGUGUCACAGAAUCUAUUGAAAGCCAAGAAAUUUGUAGCCCAGAAAAACAUGUAUCUAGUUCUUGCCAUAUAAUUGAGGCCAUAUCAGCCUCAGCACAGCCACCUGUUGUUAUGCCUAACCUCAUCUCUCAAGUGGUUACUACAGAAGUUCAAAGAACCACUGUCUCUGUUGUUCAUGAAAGAACACCUCCACCAGUACCAGCUCCAAGGGCAAAUGGUGUCCCAAUCUCAAUGGAGAAAGCUAAACCUCAGAUGGCAGCACCGAAUGAACAGGCCUCUCAACCUUCUGAGGUUGUUGAUCUUAGAACUGUGAAAGUGGAUUCUGACUCAAACAUGAAUGGUGUUGAUCUGUCUACUGGCCCUGAUUCAAGACGUCAGUCCUUUACAAGUGAAGUCAGUCGUCAGAAGAGUGCAGUACAAUCACCUGUGGUCAACCUAAGCCCUGAAUCAUCCACUGUUUCUAUUGUCACUGAUAGCAUCACCAUUGUGACCUGUGCUGCCACAAUUCAGCGAUGUGACAAUGUCGACAUCUCUCAAACAUCUUCAGUGCCUCUUCAGCUAACUAAAAACAAAGCAUUUGAACCAGUUUCUCAAAUUAUAUAUCGACCAGUUGAUGCUCAGCCAUCUACUCUUGUUACUACAGAAAUUCCAAUUAACCUCUCAAUUGGAUCAAACACAAAUAUAGGAGGUUUUCAAACCACUCCGGUCACUAUUGGACCCCCAUCUGUUGCAGGCUGUGUUGCCAAUGGACUAACUACAGGGAGAACUACAGUAGCAGGAGCUGUUGAUCUCAGCACAACAAAACCUUUCAAUACUGUGGUGUCCGUGGAUGCUUCAUCUGCAGAUGUUGUUACAGCUGUAAUCACAGAUGAUGGCAAACCAGUGGAUCUGACAGCAGGAAAAAGAGCUGUAUGCUGUGAUGUCGUGUACAAACUCCCAUUUGCAGGAAGUUGCGCUACUCAGCAACCUACCACACCCCUACCCGAAGAUCGUUUUGGAUACCGUGAUGAUCAUUAUCAAUAUGAUCGAUCACCUUAUGGUAUGAGGGGGUUUGGUGGAAUUAAACCAUCUAUGUCAGACACGAACCUAGCUGAAGCUGGUCUAUUCCUGUACAAAAGUAAGAACAGCUAUAAUUUCAUUACCACAACAGAAGGUGCAGUAGAUCUCACCUCGGCAAAGAUAUCGGAUGCAGGUGAAGCUGUUGACUACUCCAAGAAAGGAGGUUAUGCAGGAAUGACAAUCCCAUCCCAGUCACAAACCAGUGUCACAAGUGAUGUCUCUUCACUUUUUGGCACAACCAGUGUUUUGAGGUCCUCAAAUGGAGUGGUUUAUUCAUCUGUUGCAGCACCAAUACCAUCUACAUAUGCAAUUACUACCCAGCCUGGAUCUAUAUUUACUACAACAUAUAAUGCUGUUGCAGGUAUGCACACAAGUGACACCAUGCCUUCCCUGUCUAACCUCCAGAACUUGCCACUUACACGAUCCCAAAGUUUUCUGUCAACCAUUCCUACUACUACAUCAGAAGAUGCACCACUCAAUCUGGAGGUCUUGAGAGGGGCUUCUACUUGUGUUAAUGGUACCACUACAGCAGCAACAUCCUUAACCCUUGACUCCUAUACUGAUGCAUCUCUGGAGGCUAUAGCUGCUUCACUGGAGGCUCUUUCCUCUCCCAUGAUUCCUGGGGAUGGUCAGUAUCAGGCAGAACGCGAGAGGCUAGAAAUGGAAAAGCUCAAGCAGCAACACCUGGCUGAAGAAUUGGAAUGGGAGCGACAGGAGAUUCAGCGGUUCCGUGAACAAGAGCAGCUCCUGGUUCAGAAGGAAUUAGAGGAGUUGCAAGUCAUGAAGCAGCAGAUACUGACACAACAGGAAGAAGAAAGACAGGCUCACCUCAUGUUGCAAAAAGAAACCUAUGCACAGCAGCAGCAACAACUUGAGCAGAUACAGAAGCUUCAAGAACAGCUACGUUUACAACUCGAAGAGCAAAAGUUUCGUCAAAUGUACCCAGGUGGGGACAUACCAGGACAUGGCAUACAGGAGGCAAUUGUCCUGGGGCCCGAUGGCACGGUACUUUCUCGAAAGAUCACUGAUAGUGGGUGCCAGACAGAUGAGGAGGAUGAAGCCGUUAGCAGAGCUUACACAGCAGGAAGAAAAAAGAAAAGUGCUAAAAAGAGUGUUGAUAGCUGUGUGCAGACUGAUGAUGAGGAUCAAGAAGAAUGGGAGGCUCAGAAUAGAAGCCGACAAAGUCGUCCACGUACUGCCAGGGGUGAUAGAGGUGGCCAUUCAGAGGUGUCUCUUCAAGCCCACACUGAAAUUUCUAUUCAAACUGACUCAGAGGGAAAUAUUCGAAUGGACACUAAAAUGGAGUUGUCAGACUCAGAAAGGACCUCACCAAAGAAACGACUUACUCCCCUAGAAAUUGCCCAAUCCUCUAACCUUAAACCAGAGUUUUCUUCUCUUCAAGCCCCUCCGAAGUCUCCCAAAGUGUUGUAUUCCCCCAUAUCCCCUUGCAUUUCACCUAGCAAAUCUCUUGAGUUUGCAUCCUAUGAUAAGUCACUAGGAGACACAAGCCCACAAAAGCUAAGGGACAGUACAGACCCAUCAAAAACAUCUCCAGCAAGUCCUAGAGGAUUUAAAACUAUUCAGCGGUCCAUGUCUGACCCUAAGCCCAUGAGUCCAACAGGAGAGGACAGAGCAACAGUCAACCAGUAUGGUGAUGGCCAUGCAGGAAAAAGCUCAGGUGGCACACCAACUGGCACUCAAAAGAAGGUGAAGAGGACUCUCCCCAAUCCACCAUCUGAGGAAGAAUCAACAACCAGUGGCCAGACAGCAUACACCACUGGUUCUGCUCGCCGAAGAAUGUGUCGCAAUUCUAACAUGGCACGAGCCAAGAUCCUACAAGACAUUGAUCGCGAGCUAGAUCUAGUGGAGCGCGAGUCUUCCAAGCUCCGCAAAAGACAGGCAGAAUUAGAUGAAGAAGAGAAAGAGAUUGAUGCUAAGCUUAGAUAUUUAGAGAUGGGAAUUAACCGCAGAAAAGAUGCACUUCUAAAAGAAAGAGAGAAAAGGGAAAGGGCCUACUUACAAAGUGUUGCAGAGGAUAGAGAUUACAUGUCAGACAGUGAGGUUAGUAACAUCCGAGAGACUAGGGGUGUCCGAGAAGCCGGUGACGAUGAGGAAAUUGAGGGUGUUGGUCUUGAACGUCCUAGGACAGCUCCUCAUGCAGAACUUGAUGAUUUUGUCCCGCCUCAAACCAAGCAUGAAUAUGGAAAAUAUUCUCAGUACCAAUAUCCUCAAAGCCAGUACCAGCAGUCAAUCUAUCAAACACCACAGUCUUACCAAUCUCAUUCCAUCUACUCCUCUGUUCCUUCUCUCACUACUGCCCAACAGGAGAGCUACCACCAGAUGCUUUUGUUACAGCAAAAAGCUGCCAGACAAGCAGCCCUUCUCUCAGAACUUGAUGCAACUAAAUAUGAUGUCAUUAGCCGUCAACCUGAUCCCACAUCAUCAGCUUACCUUGGUGUCAAGUAUGACAAAUAUGGUAACCAUCUGGACCUCAGAGCCUUGGAGGUAGGAACUAUAGCAGAAAGCCCAAUGUCAGCUGUCUCUGAUUCUUAUUAUACAGAUGUAGAUCAUCACACACCUCGAAGUUAUAUGCUACUGGAAGAUGCUGCAGAGCUAGCUAAGACCUCUACAGGAUUGUCUUCAUCUUAUAGUUUGGUUGAGAGGGAGCUGGCAAAGGCUGAAAAGUUGUUGCGUAGAAGUGCUGCAGAUCUUGGGUCUACUGAAUACCUGGGCUCUACUUCCAGACUCCAUACUUUUGGGAAAGCCCCUGAUGAAGAAGAUACAAUGGAGGAACCCUAUGAACUAAAACUUCUGAAGCAGCAGCUCAAACAAGAGUUUAGAAGAAGUACUGGUGGGACAGAAAACCUAGAACAACUGACAGGUCUCUCCCAACACUAUUAUACCCCAAGCUCUAGUAUUUCCAGUUAUUCCCAAAGGCAUUAUCCCAAGUCGGAUAAGUACAGCAUCAGUCGACUUACUCUUGAGAAGCAGGCAGCCAAACAACUUCCUGCAUCUAUGUUGUACCAAAAACAUAAAACUCCAUUACUAGAGCCUAAAGUCUCCAAGUAUUCAUCUAUCACAGAUAGCCGAGGAUUAGAAACUGAUUAUACCAGCUAUCUGGGAUCCACCAGUGCAUCCCCAAGAUCAAGUCGGCUCAUGCAGGAUGAGAUUACCUUUGGUCUUCGGAAAAAUAUUGCAGAGCAACAAAAGUACCUUGGGUCAACCUUGGGGGCCAACUUGGCUGGGUCACUAAACUUGAGUCAGAGCUUGGGUUUAGACUCGGCCUAUCCCAGCGGUAGUCGUUCAAGACCAUCAUCAAGGCCUACGUCUUGCUAUGGCCUGGACUUGUCAAUUAAAAGGGAUCUCUCAAGUUCUUCAUUGAGGCUUAAAGGAGAUGGAGAAACAUCUGGAGAUGGUCCAAGUUAUCAAACCCCUUCUGGUCGCACCAAACCCACUAGCCUUCCCAUUGUGCAAAGUGGCCGUGGACGAAUACCUAUAGUGGCCCAGAACUCAGAGGAAGAGAGUCCACUGAGUCCUGUUGGACAGCCUAUGGGCAUGGCACGGGCAUCAGCUGGCCCUCUGCCCCCUAUUUCAGCUGACUCAAGGGACCAGUUUGGUUCUUGCCUGUCCUUACAGGAUUCACAACAGCAGCAACACAUAAGGGAAGAACCAACCAGGGGUAGGGGUUAUGCACUGCUGGACGAUCUUCAGGGCACAAUGUCAGAUAGUGAAGCUCUAAGUGAUUCCCUGAUGGCUUUGAACAGAGACGAUGCAGCUAAUGCCUACCACCUUAGACGAGAGGAGACAGACUGGUUUGACAAACCAAGAGAUGGACGGCCAGAGAAUGGACAGGAAAAGAGACAGGGAAAAGGUCCAUACUAUCCGUUCCCUCACCUCAGGGUCAAACUGCAGCGGGAUCUCAAAGACCGCAGCGUCUCAGGAAAUGGUUUAGGUAUCCGUAUAGUUGGAGGAAAAGAGGUCCCUGGUAGUAAUGGAGACAUUGGAGCUUAUGUUGCCAAAGUCCUGCCUGGUGGAGCUGCCGAACAAACAGGAAAAGUUCUUGAAGGAAUGCAAGUGUUGGAGUGGAACGGCGUUCCUCUGACGGGGAAAACCUACGAGGAAGUGCAGGGACUCGUGGGUCAGCUGUGUAACGAGGCAGAAGUCUGCYUCAGACUUGAUCUUAACAUGCUGGCUGAGUCGGAGGAUUCUCACCACUUGGACCUUCAUGAGCACAACAAAGGGGACAGACCUCCCAGGUCUCCAGGUGUGGAUCCCAAACAGCUGGCGGCUGAGCUGCAGAAAGUGUCACAGCAGCAGGGUCCCAUGUCCGGCUCUUCCUCCACUCUCCCCGCCCCAACCUCUGCGACGUCCAGCCCCGCUCAGCCAGGAUCCCCCUCUGUCAGCAAGAAGCGCCACAGCAGCAAGACCUCAGAUGGAACCAAGACCCAGUCCCACCCCGUCUCUGGAGAGAUACAGCUUCAAAUCCACUAUGACAAGCAGCUCGGCAACUUGAUAGUUCACGUCCUGCAGGCCAGAAACCUUGCGCCGCGGGACAGCAACGGCUUCUCCGAUCCCUUUGUAAAAGUCUACCUCCUGCCAGGGAGAGGUCAGGUCAUGGUUGUCCAGAAUGCCAGCGCCGAGAACAAGAGGAAAUCCAAACACGCGGGGAGGAGUCUCAAUCCUGAGUGGAACCAGACUGUCAUCUAUAAAAACAUCCACCUGGAGCAGCUGAGGAAGAAGACCUUGGAGGUGACCGUGUGGGACUACGACAAAGGCUCCUCCAACGAUUUCUUAGGAGAGGUUCUCAUUGACCUGUCCAACACGUCCCAGCUGGACAACGUCCCCCGAUGGCUCCCGCUUAAGGAGCAGAGCGAGGGGGACCACCACCGACGCKCCCACUCAGGCCAGGGCCGACACGGCUCCUCUAAACCGUCCUCGCAGCACUCCUCCCCCAAAACCACUGCCUCCGCACACGAUAAUCAGGAGUCGCCCAAAUCGUCGGUCAUCAAGAGUCGAAGCCACGGGAUCUUCCCUGAUCCAGCCAAGGGCCAAAAUGGCCGCCUCCCACUGAGGCACCAGAGACACAGCGUAGUGGGCGUGCUCACCAUUCAGAGAGCCCAGUCUGACUGGCUGCCUGACCUGCCAUCCACCCUGUUGGCCAAAGGGAGCAGAGCAGACGGCAGAAACCUGACCCUCAGGAAAGCUGUGUCAGAGGAGAGGCCGCAGACCACCGGAGCUCGGUCAAGCUACAGAUCAGGCGAUGCCCCCGUCACGGCCGCCUCCCUGGACAGCGGGCUGAGCGGCAGCGCUUACAGCCUGUUGGAYGAAGAGGGAGAGACGAACGAAGUGGACAGCGCCAUCUUCCAGGUUCCCCGAUUUGGGAAGAUCCCAAACGGCACAGACGUGAUUAAAUCAUCAAUGGGACACGGUGAUGCUGAAGGUAAGACUCAGGUGAUGGGGGAGAUCAAAAUCGCGCUAAAGAGGGAGAUGAAGACAGAAGGGGAGCACCUGGUGCUUGAGAUUCUUCAGUGUCGCAACAUCACCUACAAGUUCAAGACUCCGGACCACCUGCCUGACCUGUACGUGAAGCUCUACGUGGUGAACAUCGCCACCCAGAAAAGGAUMAUCAAGAAGAAGACCAGAGUGUGCCGCCACGACCGCGAGCCAUCUUUUAACGAAACSUUCCGCUUCUGCAUGAACCCGACCGGACACUCGCUACAGCUGUUCCUCGUGUCCAACGGCGGCAAGUUCAUGAAGAAGACCCUGAUCGGCGAGGCCUACGUGUGGUUGGACAAAAUAGACUUGCGGAAGCGAGUGGUGAGCUGGCACAAGCUGCUCGCCAGCACCGCUCACAUCCACUCAUAGGAGAAAUGUUGCUUGUUUUGCUACAAUAAUUUUUUUUGUUUUUGUUUUGGGAGUCGCCCAUGAAMGGUUAUGUUGUUUACAGGAAAAGAACACAUGUUUACAGGACAUUAGAGCGAGUAAAGCCAGAGCUGAGGAGAACACAAGAGCUCCAAAAUCAACCAGGGAUUAAUCCACGUCCACACACACACACACACACACACACACACACACCGUUACUUUGCACAGAAUCACUCACACAGAGGAGGGAUUUUAUUCCAACGCAGAGAUACAGGGACGCGUUUAUAGAUUAGAAUUUAUUUAUUCAGAUGUUUUUAUCAGUUAACGAUUCUUUACAUCAGCACUCGUCAUCGCUUUAAGGAAAUCUGCAGAGUUUUAAUGAUUUACAGAGCUUUUUAGGAAUGUGAUACUGAAGGCUAUUUAUUUUUGUACCAUAAUGUGAGCUCAGAGUCCUAUCAUUUGUUUGAUCUAUUAUUGAGAAGAAAGGGAAGCGUAUUUUUUAACACUGGCGUUCCAGUUCAAAGGAAUUAAAGAAGCAAGCAUUUUGAUUUUAUUUUUAUUAUUUAUCUGUUCCCCCCGCACCUUUUUACUUUAGGUUUUCUCAAAUUAAAGUUAUUGUUUGAUAAAGGAUUAAUAUAUAUCAGAUUGGAUACUAUACAGUAUAUUGUGCGCAUGAGUCUAUGAGGCAUGCAUUGCCACAUGUUCUCCACCUCUAAGGUUCACUUUGUAUAUAAGUGUCAUAGCUGGACAUGAAUAUAAAUAGAUAUAGAGAUAUCUUUAUCACAGACAAUCAAGUCUUGAUGAUUGUGACUUAGAAGUUUUAUUUACCCUUGAUGCCCCAUGAAAUGAGAUGGUUGUUUUUAUUUUUAUUUUAUUAUUUUUUUUACCCAUGAGUCUAACAUCUGGUUUAUCUUUGUUUCCAGAGGGCACGCUUUUGUGGUAUUUUGCACUUUUUUCUGCUUAGAAUGUAAAACUGACAUAUAUCUAAAGGUAAAGGUUUUCUUUAAAAAAAAAAAAAGGGAGGUGAAACGAGACUUUUAAACAGAAGCACUGGUUUGUUCCAUCGUUUUGUUUCUUUUAAAUCAUUGUCCACCCCUGAAAUCGUCGAUGUGUCGUCUUUAAACGCCUCGUGUGCUCGUUAUCUCUUGCGAAACUUGUGUUUUGUGUGGGUCAGGACACGGUACUGCCGGCUUGUUCGAUAUUCAGUCCAACUUAGCAGUGAAACAACACUUAACAGUCGAGUGAUUUCUAUGCAACAUCCAUUGUAAGGAAAGUAAUAGUAACUACAUCUUGACUUGCCAGAAGAGAAUCGUUUUGAGUUGUAUUUUGCACUGCUGUUUUGUAUGUCCUGCACUAAAUGGUUACCCCUUUAAUAUGAUUUUUAUUUUUUUUUAUUUGGUUUUAUCAUUUGAUUUUUGUAUCGCUGCGCAAAUCCUAAUUUGUUGCCUGUGAGACUAUUUCACAUGUUGUAUUAUAUUUGUUUACAGUACAUAUCAGGUGUACAGAAUAACUGAAAUGUUUACUUUUAUACACGAUGUAGUACUUGUUUACAAUAAUUAGAGGGCCUGAAACUCAGAGAUCUAACUUUUUUUUGGCCCUUGAACACAUCCAUGAAUAAUUCCACGUUGCUCGUUAAUCAAACUAAAAGAACUGUCUUUUUCUGUGCAUUUCCCUUUUGAACACUUUUUAGGUUCCAGUUAGCUUUUUAAAAACUACCCCAAAAAAAUAAAGAGAAUAUGUCAUUGCAAUCGAAACUACUGUAGUCUUAAAACGAUAGUUUAAAUAUUUAAAAGUCAGGUUCUGCAGAGAGAUUGAAAACGUUUCGAGUAGUUCUGACCGGACUGACAGGCUAACCGUUAGCCUGUGCGGGGUGAAAUUUCAUGAUGAGAAUUUUGUGUUUAUUAGCAAGUGAAAACAGCAACCCGGAGCAGCUAGCUUUAGCAUUUCCUGCGCAGCCUGUGGCRACUGCUGGAAUUUAACAGCAACGUUAAACAUAUAAAAUUAUGUUCACAUAAAAAAUUUGAGAUUGAACGUGUUAAAAAUUCCCCUUUGAUCCCAGCUGUAUUGAACUAGCCGUUAGCUUUUCCAUCUGGUAACAGAUAAGAUAUUUGUUAUUAAUAUUUUUCUAAAGAACCUGUCUUAAAAAGAAUAUAAUUUGAACGUUAAGUCUCUUUAUCUCUUUAUUUAAUUUUGUAGUUGUGUGUAGCGCCUUCAUACAAGUGUCACGCAUGCCAUCUACACUACUUUUAUUUUGAAAUUCAAUUCCAAAAUGUAUCGCAACACACAAUGACGUAUACAUUUUCACACACAGAUGCCGUUUCUUUGUUUUCAGCCUUGUAAAUACAUAGAUUUUUUAUUAUUAUUAUUAUUUUAACUGGGGUUUGGGGAGCAGACAUAAAACAAGGGGUGUGACGCCGGAAGCAACAGGAAGUUGUUUCCCUCGCCAUCACUACACAGCAGAGAAAAUUUAAAAGAAAGUGUAUUUUGUCUGCUUUUAGAGACCCAAAUACACCCAACCCCUUUACACAGAACACUGAGUUUACCACAAUCUAACACGAAGACGUUUUAUUGUAACAACUCGAGUAGUUGCAGGAGAAUUUAAAUGUGCUCACUGGAUGUUGCAUGUUCUGUUGGUGGUUCAUACUAUUUUUGUGUCCAGAUAUUAUUACAGAAAAAAAAACAUGAGAAGAGGUUUAGAAUAAUUUAUAGCAAAAAAUAAAUAAAUAAAAAAUGUAGGGGAGAGCAGUGGUUGUGGGGGGGAGGAAAGAGAAAAAUAAUCGAUGACGUAUGCUGACUGUACAAAGAUUAUGCUUGUAAAACCUGUCUGGUUUUUCACUUGUAAGUAAACAAACAAAAUAAUAACUGUCAUGGUUUUUGUGAUUGUACACAGGAGGUAUUGAUAAAUUAUGCAACAUGUGCUGUAAAAAUGGCUAUUGCCCCAUGUCGAAAUAAUAAAUAUCAGUACAAAUGAA